AUGGAGCGUGUCAGUGAAAAAGUUCAUGUGCUUAAGGACCGAUCCAGUGCCGUCCUCUUGACGUUCCCCCCGUUGCAUCUCGCAGUGAUGGCCAGCACCGGUUCGGACGUGGAGCUCCUGCUGGAGGACCAGCGCCCGGAGCAGCGCAGCUUCGCCUUUCCGCGGCGUGUGGCCUUGGCGCUGGGCUGUGUGGGGCUUGUGACGAUUGGCGUCCUGGCACGUGGCGGAACCCGCGGCCUCCGCAGCAAGUCCGGUGCUUUCGUGGUCUUGGAUGCCACGGACUGCUUCGAGGCUUCCACCUACUACAGCAGCCCGAUCAAGAUGGCUGGAACGGAAAGGACCAACGAGAUGACGCAGGAGGCUUGCCAACAGCGUUGCCUCUCCGUUGACGGGUGUGCGCACUUCACCUUCUGGCCGGACGGGGGCUGCCUGUUGACAGAUGCGUCAUCAGUUGCAUCACCUGCCCCGGAGAAGUAUGCAGAGACAGUAUCUGGACCACCAUACUGCGGGGAGAAGCCGGCAGCUGUGGAAACCGAUGUUGACAUUGACAUUGAAGGUGACGAGGAGAAAGCAAGUGUCGAGACUCCUACACUUGCUCCAGUUCCCACUGUGGCACCCUUGAUAGUUCCAGGCAUCAACGGCACGACGUGUGCCAAGUACCCCGCCUGUGUUGCUCACGGAAUCGAGGAGGGCAAUUGCUGCCCCAACGAUGAUAAUGUGGCGCUUGGUUGCUGCAUGGGAUUUCCACCCGUGGUCGCUGCGCCGAAGAUCGCGGCUGGGACGGAAUGCUCAUCCUUUCCUUCAUGUGUUGCGCUCAACAUCACUGGCGCUUGCUGCCCGACUCCCGAUGGCACACGCCUGGGCUGCUGUGACUCGAUCUAG